UAGAAGAAAUAAAAAUAGCAGUAUGCAGGUUGUGAAACUUGUCUCCCAUAUUUCUUUCUUGCUAUUAAUGCUGAGGUUUCAGCCAGCACUGGCGCAAGCACCGGCUGGUCUGGCAAAACCUAAUUGUUCGGACCACUGUGGAAAUAUUAGCAUUCCAUACCCGUUCGGGAUUGGAAAGUAUUGCUACAUGGCGGAAUCAUAUGACGUGGAAUGCGAUGAAACUUCCAAACCUCCUAGAGCUCUUUUACGCAGCAUCAAAAUGGAGUUGGUGAAUAUUACAUUAGAAAGAGGUGCUGUUGUCAAGGGUCCAGUGAUAUCCGUUGAUUCUUCGGGCCGGCAAGAAGGUGUACCUGUGAAUUUGGAAGGAACUCCUUUCACCCUAUUUUACAAUUAUUUCAUUGCAGUGGGCUGCAAUACUCGUGCCAGUUUGUGGACAAAAAAUGGCUCGACCGAACAUACUGGAUGCGACUCAAUUUGCUCCAACGGUAGUUCCAAUAGUAAUAUGUGGCUUAAUGGUGCAUGCUCUGGUAAGGACUGUUGUCAAGAUAUGUACUUGCCUCCCUCACUUCAGGUUUUCAAUUCAACUUUCGAGUUAAUAGAGGGUAAACAAGGAAGUGACGGGCGUAAACUGGCCUUCCUAGCAGACAUGAACUGGUUUGAUUCCAAAAUGAAAAGUCCCCAAGAAAUCAACAAAUUGCCAAGUACUGUUCCUAUGUUGCUGACUUGGAUACUAAAUAACAAUAGUUUGACAUACAACAAGGAUACCAUGGAUUGCAAUUUUUGGCAAAUAAAUAGUACGUUUGAUGUUAUGACACCCGGUUGUUCUUGCUCAAAAGGUUAUGAGGGCAACCCUUACCUUCAAUGCAGAGACAUUGAUGAAUGUGAAGACCGAAACAGUACUUGCCAUGGAUUGACAAGAUGUGUGAAUACAAAAGGGUCGUACAAAUGCGAACUUCAUCCUUUAUGGUUUACUGUUCUAGUUAUCGGUCUGGCCCUUGGAGUACUGUUCUUGCUUAUUGGUGCUUGGUGGAUGUCCAAACUUAUCAAACGAAGGAAGUGCAUUCAGUUGAAGAAGAAGUUUUUCAAACGGAAUGGUGGUCUCUUAUUGCAGCAACAAUUAUACUCCAGUGAUGGUAGUGUUCAUAAGACAAAAGUAUUCAGUUCAAAUGAGUUGGAAAAGGCGACCGAUUUUUUUAAUGAGAACAGAAUACUUGGUCAUGGCGGCCAGGGAACCGUUUACAAGGGAAUGUUAGCUGAUGGGAGUAUUGUUGCAGUUAAGAAGUCUACAUUAGUGGAUGAAGAAAAACUAGAAGAAUUCAUCAACGAGGUUGUCAUUCUUUCACAAAUCAGUCACAGAAAUGUGGUUAGGCUACUUGGAUGUUGCCUGGAGACUGAUGUUCCUCUGCUAGUCUAUGAAUUCAUUCCCAACGGAACUCUUUCCCAAUAUCUCCAUGAGCAAAACGAGGACUUUACGUUAUCAUGGGAAUCGCGGUUACGAAUCGCCUCGGAAGCUGCAGGUGCGAUAUCCUAUCUUCACUCGACAGCAUCUAUCCCGAUUUAUCACCGAGACAUUAAGUCCACAAACAUACUCUUAGAUAAGAAAUAUAGAGCAAAAGUUUCAGAUUUCGGAACUUCAAGAUCAGUUUCCAUUGAUCAAACUCAUCUGACCACCAAGGUGCAAGGUACUUUUGGUUACUUAGAUCCAGAGUAUUUUCGAACCAGUCAAUUAACAGAGAAGAGUGAUGUUUAUAGUUUUGGAGUAGUUGUUGUGGAGCUCUUAAGUGGGAAAAAACCAAUUUUCUUAACCCAUUCACUGGAAACCAUGAGCUUAGCCGAACAUUUCAUUGAAUUGAUGGAAGAUGGUAGACUCUUUGAUAUCAUUGAUGCCCAGGUUAAGGGGGAUUGCACUGAAGAGGAAGCCAUAGUUAUAGCGAAUCUUGCAAAGAGAUGUCUGGAUUUGAAUGGAAGAAACCGGCCAACAAUGAGAGAAGUUGCAAUGGAAUUGGAGUGGAUUCUAUUAUCACGUAACGGUAUCAAUAUUCAACAAAUUGUUGAAGUGGAUAAUUCAUCGAGGUCGAUUUCCUGCAGCAGUUUCGAGAUUGGUAUAGAUCUACCAUUAGAUUGCAAAUCGUCGACUUCUUCUGAAACAUGGUGAGGGAUUAAGAAAAUAUAUCACAAAUCAUAUGUUUCUUUCUUGUUUUUAAGACUGUUAGGAGCGUUUCUGAUUGAAUAAAAACUUAUAUUUGUAUUGUGGUCCUUGUGUUUUAGCACAAGUUCUUAGUCUUUCAUGUUAAGAACUUAAUAAAUUAAAAAUCCUUCGCGUUGAUUAUAAGAAAGUUUAUUUGAUCAAUUGGUAACUUGAGCCAUGUCUCUAUCUUGAGGAAUCAGAGCCAUCAUCAGCUAGCAAGGACUUCAUUUGAGAAGUAUUUAGCCUCUUGAAUUCUCUGGUGUGAACAUGCUGAUGAGACUCUGCAGAUGAAUUAGGCUUAAAUUCUGAUAGCAGGGGAUGCUGAUUGUUUUUAGAUUUGAUUUACUAUUUGAUUUGUUUAGUAUGUACUAAAGUAAUACUAAAGCCUAAGAAUGAUUAAGCCAUCAGUAACAGACCAAAAAAGAGCAACACUGAUCAAGAUCAACCAGGGCAGCAACUACGAACAUAAAGUUGUUGAGAAUACAGGGAGAGCAAAAACAGAGGAGGGAGCAAAGUACAACAUGGAGCAGCAGAAUCAACGUAGACACCAGCAGCAGCAGCAGAGGCUAAGCAACCAAGAUAAUUAACCAGGGCAGCAACUACGAACAUAAAGUUGUAAAGAAUACAGGGAGAGCAAAAACAGAGGAGGGUGCAGAGCAAAGUACAACAUGGAGCAGCAGAAUCAACAUAGACACGGCAAGAGCAUGGACUAACCACCACCAC